AUAUGAUCACGCACUCAACAAAACAUGCAACAAACUUUACCUUAUUCCCAAGCAAGUUUGAAUCGGCUGUGUUCCCGUAUAAACUUAUAUUAGACAAAUAUUUACCUAAUAAAGAGUAGUAGAAAAGGUAAAUUCUCUAAACUCUAAGUCCAUUAAAAUGCUAUAAGUAUACUUGGGGUGUGCUAAAUUCCCUUUAACAAGGUAAAUAUGUCGAUUUUAUGUGUAUAUGUAAGAAAAGAAGUUAGUCAAGUUACUAUCAAUCAUUUUCUCUUUAGACAAUUUCUCAUCCAACAAAAAAAAAAAAAAAAGAGGAAACAAGGGAUGACAAUCCUGGCGGAGUUGCUACUACCAUUGAAAGUGGAUCAUGUAGAAUAUAAAAUUUCAAUGUAUUAAAAAAGUGACUAAAAAAGCAAUUAAGUUGUCCCAGGGCCAUGGCUAUAAAAGGGUAAUGGAAUCAUUGAAUCUACCAUGGCCUGUGUACCACUAAUCUUCUUCUAGCUCCAAAGAUACACCUUCCAUAUUAAUCUUCUUUUAUUUUCUCAUUGCUCAUUGGGUCCAAUUUUGUGGGGGAAAAAAGAAACAAUAAUAUUUGCAAAAAUGGCACUUCCUUAUACCCAACAAGAUGAAAAAGCUCUCCCUGAUGCUUGGGAUUACAAAGGAAGGCCAGCUCUUAGGUCCUCCUCUGGUGGUUGGGCUAGUGGUGCAAUGAUUUUAGGUGUUGAAGCUGUGGAGAGGCUAACAACACUAGGCAUUGCUGUAAACUUGGUGACUUAUUUGACUGGAACUAUGCAUUUAGGCAAUGCUACUGCAGCCAACAAUGUUACCAAUUUUCUUGGAACUUCUUUUAUGCUCACUUUGCUUGGUGGAUUUGUUGCUGACACUUUUCUCGGAAGGUAUCUUACAAUUGGAAUAUUUGCCACUGUUCAAGCAAUAGGUGUCACAAUCUUAACCAUCUCUACCAUAAUCCCAAGCUUGCGACCACCAAAAUGUGACCAAGGCAGAUCUUCAUGCAUCCCGGCAAACAGCAAACAACUCAUGGUCCUGUAUAUAGCCUUAUACAUGACAGCCCUCGGCACCGGUGGCCUGAAAUCGAGCGUCUCGGGUUUCGGUACCGAUCAAUUCGACGACAGGGAUGAGAAGGAAAAAGGACAGAUGAUUAAAUUCUUCGAUUGGUUCUUUUUCUUCAUAAAUGUUGGUUCACUAGGUGCAGUUACAAUACUGGUGUACGUUCAAGAUAAUUUGGGAAGGGAGUGGGGUUAUGGUAUAUGUGCAUGUGCUAUUGUGAUUGCACUUGUUGUGUUUUUAUUUGGCACAAGGAAAUAUAGGUUCAAGAAACUUGUGGGGAGUCCAUUGACACAAAUUGCUUCAGUAUUUGUGGCUGCUUGGAGAAAUAGGCAUUUGGAAGUGCCUUCAGAUUCUUCACUUCUCUAUGAAAUUGAUGAUAAUAUUUUUGGUGAGGGAAAUAAGAAAAGCAAGCAAAAAUUGCCUCAUAGCAAGGAGUAUCGAUUCUUGGACAAGGCAGCCAUUAAGGUAGAUAGUGAUCAAUCUACUGGAAGUAAUGUUGUGAAUAAGUGGACAUUGUCAACCUUAACAGAUGUUGAAGAAGUAAAAUUGUUAAUCAGAAUGUUACCAACAUGGGCCACAACUAUUAUGUUUUGGACAGUCUAUGCACAAAUGACCACAUUUUCUGUGUCUCAAGCAACCACUAUGGACCGUCACAUCGGAAAAUCCUUCGAAAUUCCCCCCGCCUCACUCACUGUUUUCUUCGUCGGAAGUAUCCUCUUGACCGUAAUUUUUUACGAUCGAGUCAUGGUUCCAAUUUGUCGACGUGUCGCUAACAAAUCACAUGGACUAACCCCAUUGCAAAGAAUUUUCAUAGGGUUAAUCCUUUCAAUUUUAGCCAUGAUUGCUGCUGCCCUAACAGAGGUUAAAAGAUUAAAGGUUGCCCACUUAAAUGGGCUAACAAAUGAUCCAAAUGCCAUGAUUCCAAUGAGUGUAUUCUGGUUAAUUCCACAAUUCUUGCUAGUAGGGGCAGGUGAGGCAUUUACAUAUAUUGGCCAACUUGACUUUUUCUUAAGGGAAUGUCCUAAAGGGAUGAAGACAAUGAGUACAGGGUUAUUUUUGAGUACCCUUGCACUAGGGUUUUUCUUUAGUUCAAUUUUGGUCACAAUUGUGCAUAUGGUCACUGGAACAACACACCCAUGGCUAGCUGAUAAUUUGAACCAAGGGAAGCUAUAUGAUUUCUAUUGGCUUUUGGCUAUAUUGAGUGUGUUGAACUUGAUGUUUUUCUUGUAUACUUCGAAAACAUAUGUGUACAAGGAGAAGAGGCUUGCCGAACUGGGGAUCGAAUUGGAGGACUCUGGACCAGUUUGUCACUAAGAGGACACACUCUGUCACUACUGGAAAAAGGCGAAGAGAUCCAUCAGAAAUGUACUUAUCGUUAUUGAAUCCUUCAAAAAUCUUUCGCAUUUUUCUAGUAGUGGAUCCAUAAAAAAAAAAGUCCUUAAUUUAUUAUUUUUCUUUUCUCUUUUUAUUCCCCCCCCCCCCCCCCCCCCACCCUUUUUUGUUUUUUUGGACUUUUAACUUUUGGCUACUUUGAUUGAGCUUGUACAACUUUUUAUUGGAAGGGUUUAUGUAAGAUAACAACCUUUUUUUUUUUAUAUGUACAGAGAAUGGGAAGAGCUUAGGUAAUGAAAAGUUAUAGAGCUCUUCUCAGUGUUUCCUUUCUUUCUUAUGUAUUACCAUAAUAAUGUAAUGCAAUGCAAUAUCAGAG